AUGCAGGACAGUGGAGGCUACGAGGUAGGCCUAGCAUCUCCACAUUCACGAGCGUCGGUCACAGACGGGAAUGCCAGCCCAGAUCGCAAGAGAGUAUGCGAUAACUGUAUACGCAUUGAGAAGUACUUCGGCAUUGUCCAGGACCUAAACCCUAUUUUAUCCAAGGAAAAGUUUCUCCAUGAUUAUCAAAAGUCUCGAUGUGACCCAGAUCUCAUCUCUACGAUAGUUGCAAUCACUGCGAAGCUAAUGGGCCUCGAUUUUAUCGCGGACGGACAAAAUUUAGAUGCCCGCAUCGACCGGCUACUGAAUUCAAGUCUACUUGAGGACGACAUUAUGGGAACUACACCAUCUCUCGAUCAAUUCCGCAAAGCUUGUCUUCUAGCAUUUUAUGACUUUCAUCAGUUCCCAGGACACCUGUCCUGGAUGCGCAUUGGACAAAUCACACGCAUGGCUUAUCGUACAGGGUUAGAUCGAAUUGAAAGCCUGCGCGCCCUCUACCCCGACUGGGCCUCGUUUAGCAAUGACGAGAUACAAGAAUGGCGAUCUGUAUGGUGGUGUAUUUACCGCCUGGAUUCUUAUUCCAAUCUCUCAUCAGGUACCCCAAAUCUUAUUGACCAUCAGUUUGUCAACACAUCUUUUAUUCUUGACCACUUUGACCAGUCGUCAAGCGGUGAGGACACUACUCAAGAAGAAGUCCAUCUGCCAUCAGACUAUGCAGACCUUUGGAAAUUGCUUUCGGUUUUCUCCUCAAGUCCAAAGACGUUUCUCAAAAAUGUCCACAUCCUUUCCAUCGUUGCGAUGCGUCAGACGGCAGCAGCUAUUCGAAUGCAUUUCUCACGACCGAGAAUGGACAUGACUGACUCACUUGCUGAUCUUCAACGCCAGCUCUCUACACUUUCAUUAUCUUUACCGCCUGGUUGGUUCAAUCCCGUGCGUAACGCAUUUGCAAAUGAGUCUCACGACGAUCAUCACGCAAGAUUGGUUACCGUUCUUCAUUUCAUGAUGGCACGAUUACUUCUUGCAAUCCUUUGUUGUAGUCAAGCAAAUAAAGAAGAGCCAUUUUUAGCCUGGCAACAGGUUCUUGAGGUCUGCCAGGAUAUUGCUUCAGUUAUGGAGCAAUGGAACUCAUUGUUCUGCAUGACAGUGGAUCCAGCAAUUUCGUUUAUUCCUUUCACAGCACUUAUUUUCCUUGAUCUUCAUAGGAAGUCAACCGCGGUGGCUCAGCCUAUGCUUCAGUCAAAUAUACAGCAUAAUCAGACCGUUCUCCGUCUACAUCUGGAGCAGUUCUCCCGGAUAUGGACGCUUCCGAGGCUUCUCAAUUGUGAGUAUGACUUCGAGCCUCCCAAAAUUACGUUAUCUGAUUCAUUGUAUCGAUAG